AUGAAUGCAUCAAAUGUUGAGAGUGCAGCACCUGACGAUCAAGAAGGUGCUGAUUUGUACAUGAUUAUCUUGCCGAUUAUUGUUAUUUUCGGUUUAUGUGGUAAUGUUAUUUCGCUGGUUACAAUUUUCCAUUCACGACUGCGAGAAGUAAGUUGUCCCUUGUCAUCGAUUAUGUAUGUAAUUUGGGCGCUUAUACAGUAA